UAUUUCAAUAAAAGAAUUAUAACGUUAAUUAAACAAUUUUUAACAUUUCUAGUUCAAUUUUUCAGAGAAAAUUAAUUUAUUAACCAAUUUAGUGUUCAAUUGUUCUGUGAUAUUUAAUAAGAUAUUAACAAAAUGGCGGCUGCGUUAAAAGCAACACCGAAAUUGAUGCAAAAAUUAUCAAUGCUAGCACAAUUUAAAAUAUUUACAACGAAACAUCCAAUUGUACGUGGAAUGAUCUCGUAUUCGAUAAUAUGGCCAACAUCAAAUAUCAUACAACAGACGAUAUUAGGACGUCGAUGGGACACUUAUGAUUGGAUGGAAGCAUUACGAUUUAGCAUUUAUGGUGGUUUAUAUGUUGCACCUACAUUAUAUUCAUGGAUUCGUAUAGCUGGUAUUGCAUGGCCUAAGAGUGAUUUCAAAACGGCAGUAACUAAGGCAAUUGUUGAACAAUUUUCGUAUACACCGUUUGCAAUGGUAUCAUUCUUUUUUGGUAUAUCAAUAUUAGAAAUGAAAUCAUUCAGAGAAGCAUGUGAAGAAGUUCGUGUGAAAUUUUUUCCAACAUACCAGAUUGGUGCAGCUGUAUGGCCAUUUGUAGCAACAUUCAAUUUCUGUGUAAUACCUGAACGUAAUCGUGUUGUAUUCAUUAGUAUGUGUAGUCUUUGUUGGACAUGCUUUUUGGCGUAUAUGAAACAUUUACAAGCAACUGAUUUAGAAAAAAAUCCAUCUAUAAUCCAUAUAUCAUAAUUAUUGUUGAAAGAAGUAAAUUAGACAAAUUUAUAGACAGAAAAUUAGUAUCUAAUUUAUUUUUAUAUUUUAUGGUGUAAAUUUAAUUUAAUGACAGUUUACAACAAGCGGAAAUCCAAAUAAGCAACUUUACCCUGCACUACCUAAUGAUUUCUACAUAUUUUAUAAAAAAUAACAAAUGGCUUAUAAUAUUACACAUGCAACAGACAAUUUAUCAUCAUUUGUAAAAUGCUUUUCAGUUACUUCUGAUUUAUAGAAGCUUCGUGUAAUGGAAUGCAGAUUUAAUAAAAAAGAACUGCUAGUUAUUGAUUGAUAUUUAAAAGGAAUAUUGUUCAUUCACGUGGAUUUACGCUUGUGUAUGGAAAAAUUUGAGCUUUAAAACUCGUAUUCGUAAAGCUUAUUCUACAAUUUAAAGUUAUAUGUAGAUAUAGAACGAAUCGACGUUCCAUAAUUGUCAUAUAAAUGUAAAAUAUGGCUUAUACUACGCAUGCGGUGCAUAUUCUACAAUCAACAUACAACUUUAAUUAUUGUAAAAUGUAAAAAAUUUAAAAGCUGUUAAAUAUUUUAUCCAACAUAAAAUGUAGACUAAAUAAAGUUAUUGUGGAUGAAUGGAGUAAAUGGACAAUAAAACAAUUUUAAAAUCGAAUUUUA